AUGUCGUACGCCUGGGUCGGCCCUCCGGCCGUAUUCAAUGGCACGAAUCCAGACAUUGGCGGCGAUUCGAGUGAGUAGUACCACGUGCUGCAUUGCUGCAAUUGCUUUUCCCCGCAAAACCUGGUGUGACAUCAACAACGCACUGACAAUAUCAUCUUCUUCUCACAGAAACCACGAAUCUCAACCAAUGGUUCGCCGCAGGAGAUCAGGCCUACAUCAUCGUGGCCUCGGCCAUGGUGCUGAUCAUGGUACCUGGUCUGGGCUUCCUCUACUCGGGUCUUGCGCGAAGAAAGUCGGCUCUGAGCAUGAUCUUUGCCUGCAUGGGGUCUUGCUCCAUCAUCACUUUCCAAUGGUACUUCUGGGGAUACUCCUUGGCUUUCAGCCAGUACGCGACCAACGGCUUCAUUGGUGAUUUGAAGAAGUUUGGACUGAUGAAUACGCUUGCCAUGCCGAGUCCCGGCAGCCCGUUGAUUCCGGAUCUGCUGUAUGCUUUCUAUCAGGUAUGUCGAGGAACGAGAGGAGCAACAAGUUUGGUGCGAUUCGCAGGAGCUGACUCGUGGACAGAUGCAAUUCUGCGCCGUCACCGCUGCCAUUGUUGUGGGCGCUGUCGCCGAGCGAGGACGUCUCAUCCCCGCCAUGGUCUUCAUCUUCUUCUGGGCCACGCUCGUGUACUGCCCGAUCGCGUGCUGGGCAUGGAAUGUCAACGGAUGGUUCUACAAGUGGGGUGGCUACGACUAUGCCGGUGGCGGGCCUGUCGAGAUUGGAUCUGGCAUGUCAGCUCUCGCCUACUCCAUGGUCCUCGGCCGCCGUCAAGAGAAGAUGAUGUUGAACUUCCGACCACACAACGUCUCCCUCAUCACGCUCGGCACCAUUUUACUGUGGUUCGGAUGGUUGGGUUUCAACGGUGGCUCAUCUUUCGGCGCCAACCUGCGCGCCGUCAUGGCUUGCUGGAACUCCAACAUCACGGCCAUGUUCGGUGCCAUUGCGUGGGUUCUGCUCGACUACAGGCUUGCUCGCAAGUGGUCGAUGGUCGGUUGGUGCUCUGGUGCCAUUUCCGGACUCGUUGCCGCCACCCCUGCUUCUGGCUACAUCACGCCCUGGGCCUCGGUCGUUCUCGGUCUCGCGACGGGUGUUGUCUGCAAUUUCGCCACCAAGAUCAAGUACUGGAUCCGCAUCGAUGACUCGAUGGAUGUGUUCGCCGAGCACGGUGUCGCCGGCAUGGUCGGUCUCUUCUUCAACGGCAUCUUCGCUGCCUCCUACAUCAUCGGUCUCGACGGCGUCAACACGGGUGCCUACCCGGGUGCUUGGCUCGAGCACAACUGGAAGCAGCUGUACAAGCAGAUUGCCUACAUCGCCGCCUGCACCGCCUACGCUUUCGUCGUCAGCGCCAUCAUUGCCUACAUCAUCAAUUUCAUCCCGGGGCUCAAGCUACGCGCUUCCGAGGAGGCCGAGUUGCUCGGCAUGGACGACGACCAACUCGGCGAGUUCGCGUACGACUACGUCGAGGUCCGCCGUGAUUACCUGGCCUGGACACCCGCCAAGGGCGACCCGAUGGCCGAGGAGCACCACAUCCCUCAGGGCGAGCGCCACGGCAUCCAGCAGCACAGCGAAAUGCUCGAGGGCAAGGACCCGUCGGCGAGCGAGGGCUCGGGCAGUGGCAACGGGCACAUUGGCAUCGGGGGCGACCGACACGGCGUGGCCUACGAAGAGAUGGAGAAGAGCAAACGAGAGCAAGGCGCCGGCGGACACUGA